AGUCACAUAUAUGCAAUUUGAUUUUAUUUCUGUAUCAUACCUUUAGUAAAUCAUCCAGACUUCAUUUGCAAUAAUCCAUAUCAAAGAUAGAAUUGCUUUUAUGCUAUAAUCUUACUUUUAUUUUGUUUUUAUUUGUUUCUUAAAUAUAUCUACUUUUGCAUUGUCGACUUACAGUUGACUACUUUAUAUUGUGUAGAAUCGAGUCAUCCAGGAGGCAACCUUAUCAGGGGUCGAUUCAGCCACAGAGGACGAUGCACUUUGUUUCACCCAGAUGUUAGAUUCCCUGCACGGAGGGCAUCACGGCGGUUAUGAAAGAGGCAUGGGCAUUGGUGCCACUCGGACUUACUUGAGGACGUCCUCCAUACCGGAAAUCGACACUUCUAAUCAGGAACUACGUCGCGAGGUGGCUGAUCUUAGAGCUCGGGUAGCUGAGAUGGAUAGUCUCAGGGAGGAGCUUAGGGAGGAGCUUAGGGAGGAAUUUAGGUCUCAGAUGCAUUUGAUUACUAACAAUAUGGUUAAUUCUCAGGGCGCUCGUUCUGCUCCCACUCGUGGUGAUCCAUCAGCUUUUACGCGACCGGCUCCAAUUCAUCAGCCCGCUACCGAUAUACCUCAUUCUGGUCGUCCUGCUUCGACUGCAAACACUUCUACUUCCAGUGCUCAAGGUUUGUCACAUGAGAAUAUUGCUAGGAUAUUUGCAGACUUAAGGCGUUCGGGCUUGUCCCAAGAGGAUAUUCUUCGAGGAAUUUCUUCUGUUCAUUGAUUGGAUGAAUUAGACUAUUCCUAUCUUAUAUUUUGGAUGUAUGAGACAUUUUGGAUAUUAGAGACAAAUAUAUAAUAUUGGAUGCUUUUCAUUGUGAGAUAUUGAGUAAUUAUUGUGCAUUUAUCUCUAAUAU